AUGGAAGCUUGUUACUCUCAGAACAAGUAUAAUGUCACCACAUACAAAGCCUUGGUGAUGGCCAUCAUCUCCCUGCAGACAUUUGCUGGCAUGUGGAUAAACGCUUUCAUGGUUUCUGUGCUUUGCAUUGCUUGGGUCAGAAAGAAAAGCUCCAACUCCAAUGAGAAGAUCUUGCUCUUUCUGGGAUGGACCCGGUUCUGGUAUCUGUGCAUCUCAUGGAUACAUCUCUUUCUGAUAAUAACAUAUAUCUGUCACUUUUAUGUUCACCCCCUACAACAAAUACUUUCAACAGCUAAAAGCUUUUUCAGUUUUUCCAGCCAGUGGGUUUCUGCCUUCCUUUCUGUUUUUUAUUGUAUUAAAAUUGCAAAUUUCCAGCACAGCUUCUUCAUCUACCUGAAAGUGAAAAUUGACAAGAUCGUGCUAUGGGUGCUCUUGGGUUCAGUCCUUUUAUCCUUCAGCAUGGUGAUCAUUCUCUACAAAGCCAUGGAUGAAGCAGUCUGUGACAACAUCAACUGCACCACCACAGGAAGUUUCUGGAAACUGAAUAUCAAUAUUCAUCAGCAUUUUUUCCCUGUUUUUUUCCUCAGUGGCUUCGCAUAUGCCAUUGCAUUCACAGCAGUCAUCUCUUCUGCCCUUCUCCUCCUCUUUUCUCUUUGGAGACACAAACACAAGAUGCAGAUGAAGUCACUGAAGAACGUCAGCGUGGAUGCCCACAUCAAAGCCAUUAAAUCUAUUCUGUCCUUUUUCUUCCUUUACAGCAUUGAUUUUACCUGUUCAGUCUUGAGUUUGAUUUAUGGCACGAAGAAGGAAAAUCCUGUGACUUUUCUCAUUGUAAUAUUUCAGGAUGUUUUUCCAACUGUUCAUUCCCUCAUCCUGAUUUUCAGCAAUCCCAAUCUGAAAAAGACACUGCUAAGGACCCUGUCCUGUGUGAAGUGCAAGAUUUGCAUGAGGGAUGGGGCCUCCACCACCUCUCUGGGCAUCCUAUUCCACUGCCUCACCACCCUCAUUCACCGCCACCCACCUUGGAGGAUGGAAGCUUGUUACUCUCAGGACAAGUAUAAUGUCACCACAUACAAUGUCUUGGUGGUGACCAUCCUGUCCCUGCAGGCAUCUGCUGGCAUGUGGAUAAACGCUUUCAUGGUUUCUGUGCUUUGCAUUGCUUGGGUCAGAAAGAAAAGCUCCAACUCCAAUGAGAAGAUCUUGCUCUUUCUGGGAUGGACCCGGUUCUGGUAUUUGUGUAUCACAUUGGUGUUUCCCUUUAUUGGAAAUAUUUUUCCCUCAUGCUUUUAUGUUCACCCCAUGCUCCAAUUAGUUGCAGCCAUUGAAACCUUUUUCAAUUGUUCCAACCUGUGGGUUUCUGCCCUCCUUUCUGUUUUUUACUGUAUCAAAAUUGCAAAUUUCCGAUACAGCUUCUUCAUCUACCUGAAAGUGAAAAUUGACAGGAUCGUGCCAUGGGUGCUCCUGGGUUCUGUGCUUUUAUCCCUGAGCUUCAGCAUCCUCAUAUAUCAGAUAAUUGAUGAAGCAGUCUGUGACAACAUCAACUGCACCACCACAGGGAAUUUCUGGAAACUGAACAUCAACGUUCAUCAGCAUUUUUUCCCUGUUUUUUUCCUCAGUGGCUUCGCAUAUGCCAUUGCAUUCACAGCAGUCAUCUCUUCUGCCCUUCUCCUCCUCUUUUCUCUCUGGAGACACAAACAUAAGAUGCAGAUGAAGUCACUGAAGAACAUCAGCGUGGAUGCCCACAUCAAAGCCAUGAAAUCUGUUAUGUCCUUUUUCUUCCUGUACAGCAUCAACAUUUUCUGUUUUGUCUUGGGAAUGGUUUAUACAUCAAAGACGCAAAGUGCUGUUCCAUCUGUCAUUCCGUUUCUAGAACAUGCUUUGCCAGGUGUUCAUUCUCUGAUCCUGAUUUUCAGCAAUCCCAAACUGGAAAAGACACUGCUUAGGACCCUGUCCUGUGUCAAGUGCAAGAUUUGCAUGAGGCAAGAAAUGUCAUAA